UGAAUUUCUGCCUUUUGAGCAAGGCUGGGCGGGGCGGGAUGGGGGUCACGGGGUCGUGAGACAUGCUUGCACGAUUGGGUUCAGAACACUGAGGAGCCACAUGACAUGGACUUGCCAAGAUAGGCUCGCAGAGACAGCAAGGACCGGGCUUGUCAUUCCGUGAGAUUGGCAGGGAGCAAUGAGCAACAAGGAGCAGCCUCGUGAAUGAAGGAUCGAUGAGAAGGCGAGUAUGAAGGGAAAAGGAGCCGCGGCUGGCCGACGACGGGAGUGGAGUCGAAUGGGAAAAGUUGACCUCGUGGCGGCAUGAGGACGACUUGCGCAUUCGCCUCAGGGAUUAUCACUUCACUCAGACAUCAAGAUGUCGUCGUUGCGUGGCUGCAGAGCUACUCAGCGAUUGUGGGCCAUCACGAGCACACACACGGCUAGGCAGACGCAGAUAGCUGCCACUCGACGCCAUCUUCAUGCCUCGCCGCUCCUCGGCACCCAGGACUCAUCCUCGAGGUCCUCUGGCAAGGAUGCAGCAGUUCAAGAUGACUAUGAUGAGCCCCGUGAGCCCCAUGAACCGAUUGCAGGUCCAUCGUCCACAGCUCUCGACCAAGAUCCAACGGAAGCCUCACUAAAUGACAUCAUCGGCGGUGGAAUGGACACGCCGCCUCAACCUCCCUCGUCAUCUAGCUCAGCAUUCGAUGACCUCUUCAGCGGUCCCAAUCCAUUUCCGCGAGCAGAACAAUCCCAAUUCGGCGCUCAGUACGAUCCUGUUCGCCGCGAAAGAGGAGCACCGCCGUCUCGACGUCCCACAAACUCGUCACGAUACCAUUUCGAGGACAGAUACAGCCAACGCGGGCGUCGACCAGAUCAGAGACUCUCCCCUGCUGAACGCAACCGCAGCGGGCAAAAUGCCGAGUCUCGCAUGAGCCAGCAGGAAAGAGACACUUGGAUGAAAUUGCUCGACGAUAUCAGCGGAGCCUUUGAUGGAAUGCCUGGAGGCAGCGAAGGAGGCAAGCAGCCUGGUGAUCACUUCACUCCGCUGGAGCGCUUCGUCCAUCGUAAUCAGCUACAUCCUGCCGAUGCGUCGAGCGGCCAACGCAUUCGUAGUACUCGCGACGCUGCAUCACGCACAGCCCGUGCCGCGGCCGCAGAAGAGGCUACGCUGCUCCGUUUGGCCUCCUUGGGUGAGCAAGGUGACUUUGGCCUUGCCGCUCGUAUGGAGCAAGGGGAGCUCGCCUCUGCUGUGGACAGGGCAGAGCAGGCCAUGAACCUCUGCGCAGACGAGGCCGAGCUUUGGGCAUGGGCGGGACGGGACGUCUUUGGCUUCGAUGCCGACGAGUAUGCACGGCGGGUCCGCAAAGCCAAGCUUGAUACGGAGGCAAAGGUGGGCAGGAGGAUCUUGGGACGGGCUGGCAGCUCGAACCAGCAGAUUGAGGAGAGUCAAGCCGCAGCGCCCGCCAGGCAAGACCCGGACAUCAGCAAUCCUUCGACGCUCUCACCGCCGUACGGCGUCAACACCCCACUCUACGCCCCCGUUCUGCAUCGCCUCUUUCUUCAGCUGCGCAACCGCUUCAACUCUCCACACUCAGCGCUUUCCCUCCUCCACAUCGUCCGCUCACUGGGCCCGCAAUCCCUGGUGCUGGGCUACACGCCCGAGCUACUCGGAGAGGCUGUGACCACAAGGUGGGAAGCAAUGCGCGAUUUGGGUGGAGCGUGCGAUACGCUUCGAGACGCAAAAGCCGUAGGAGCAUUGAGCAGACGGCAGCGUAGGAGACGCCCAGCUUCGAUUGGGGCGGAGGGGGAGGAUGAAGAUCGUAGCCCUGUAGACGCGGUAGUCACUGCAGUCGCCAAGGUCAGCGAAGAGGCGCGCAUGGAUGUAUUGCACGUCAGGACGCAGCAUCUCCUUGAGGAGGCCGAUAGGCGCGAGCGUGAGGCAGAGGAGGGCCGAGUGGCAGGAAAGAGCAAGAAAGAGCACGACGACUUCUUUGCUGACUGGCUCAAAGACGACGAGGACGUCUCGAAGCUCGAGGAGCCUACGGAGCCUAAUGCAGCGGAGAAGGCGCCUCCGACUACGGUCACCACUGCCAGCUUACCCCUUCCCGCUCUAGACGCGCUUCGCAUCGUAGACGAGAUGAGCGGUUUGGCAGGGCUUGCUCGCUCCUCCAAAAGGCGAGAGUCAGCCGCGUUAAGAGGUGACUUAUCUCGCCGACGAGAGCGUGGAACUUCUGCUCGUGAAGGGCAUCGGAAGAGAGACGGGGAGAGGAGAGGUCCGAAAGGCGGGAUCAGGGGCGAGGGACAACGUGAUCUCGUCGACUUUGCCCCGUCGCCCAGCAGAAGGGAGGGAGGACGUCGAGAGCGCGAUCCGCACUCCUCAUGGGGCUUCUUGUGAGCGGUUACAGCCCGUAGCAAUGCCUAUCGCCCUCUAGUCCUCGUAUCGUAUCGUACGCGCGUGAGAUUGGUGGGUAACCCGAAAAAGAAAACAGAGCGUGAAGCAAAAGCAAUGAAUGCCAGAUGCGCUUGCGCUUCCUCCUGCGCGCUCGCACUACUGCCUCUCCCUGCCUACGUCCAGCCAUCGACUAUCUCCUACUCCGCUCCACCCACUCUUGCCCUGAUGCUCCUCCCUAAACUUUGUGGUCGCCCUGCCCCAUCCACUCAGCUCCCCUGCAACUCUGAGAUCCCAGGGCAAGCUA